AUGGCCCUCCGUCUCCAUUUUCUGGUGUUUCCCUUGCUGAUCUACUCCACCGUGGCGCAGCAGCCGCCGCUCUCUACCGGGGAAAACGACGACGUCCGAUCUCUGCUCGAGUUCAAGAAAGGCAUCCGAGACGAUCCCUCGGGCCUGGUCCUCGGGUCGUGGAACGAAUCGUCGCCAUUGGAGCCGGAUGGCUGCCCCAGCUCCUGGCAUGGUGUAAUGUGCGAGGGGAAUGGGGUCGUGGUUGGUGUGGCUCUGGACGGCAUCGGCCUCAGUGGCGACCUCAAGUUCUCUACUCUCGUUGGAAUGCGGUCCCUCCGCAACCUCAGCCUGUCGGGAAAUAACUUGACUGGCAGGCUCGUCCCGACGGUUGGGUCAAUGGCGUCUCUGCAACACCUGGAUCUGUCGGGGAACCGGUUCUACGGCCCUGUUCCGCGGAGGAUCACAGAACUCUGGGGCCUCGUGUACCUAAAUCUUUCGCGGAAUGGCUUCACGGGGGGGUUCCCUGGUGGAAUGAGGAAUCUGCAGCAGCUAAGGGUUCUGGAUGUGAGCCAGAACAGCCUGAGGGGUGAUGUUGGGGACAUAUUCUCAGAGCUACGGAACGUAGAACACCUUGAUCUGAGUAACAACAUAUUCCACGGUAUGUUGACGAUGGAAACCGAAAAUCUCUCGAGUUUGGCAAACACGGCGAAGACUAUUAAUGUGAGUUACAACAAGAUCAGUGGGGCAUUCUUUACCAAUGCCACUCUUCCUUUGUUCAAAAAUUUGGAAAUUUUGGACGUCAGUUAUAACCAGCUGAAUGGCGAGCUCCCGUCAUUUGAUGUCUUGCCCAAUUUGAGGGUUCUACGGGCAGGAAAUAACCAGUUAUUCGGCCCUCUCCAAGCAGGGCUCUUUGGGAGCUCAAUAGCCUUGUUGGAGCUUGACCUGAGUGGAAAUGGAUUUACUGGUAAGUUACUUCAAUGGUAUUCUGUUUCCCUUUUAUCUCAGAAUCGAUUGUAUAUUUGAUACCUCGAAACGAGGUUUCAGAAUUAUCAAUGCAGCGAACAUGUUGGGGUUCUCAAUUGGUUCUUGACUUCUAUGUUAGAUAUUUAUGCUUCAUAAAAUUGCACACUUGCCCCGGAUGAUUUCAUGGUUUCUUCUUUUCAAUUUAUUGUUCUUUACCGAGGUAAAUCAGUUUAAAAGGAAACAGCGGAUUGGUACCUAUCAUAUCGAGUUCGGAAUUGAAUUUAUGAUAGUUGAUGACAGUGUUCUUUAGAUUUCUUCCAGAUGGUCUAUUGUAUUUGUCAUAGUUGGGCGAGUCUACCAUAUUAGGGGCGGUGGAGUUCCUUCCACUCCAGACUUUUAUGUCAAAAACCAUAUGCAGUUUAAUUCCUUGUGCUUUAAAAGGAAUAGUAUCCUGGAUAUUUUGUGUGACAUUUUGAGAUCAAAUCGAUUGUGCUUUUUAUGGGUAUGAAUCUAGUUAAAUACUCAUUUCUCUUUCUCUCUCUCUCUCUCUCUAUAUAUAUAUAUAUAUAUGUAUAUAUUUGAUAUCUGGUACGUGAAUGACUCGUUUUAAUGCUAAAAAAACUCGGAGUUCCUACUUUCUGUCUAUUAAAUGUUAAUAAUGGCACUUCAUCCCCAACUUUGUGUCAUGCUACAUCUAUGACUGUUUGUCACUGAUGUGUUUUUCUUCCUUGGUUGGAUUUGGAAGUUCAUUAUCUUUUCCUCACCCUAACCUUAAAUGAUUUUUUUAAUUAUGGCAGAUAUUAUUUUCUGAUUUUUUAUGGCCCUAACUUUAAUACUUUCAUCGUCUUUUCUUACACAGGUCAAAUUUUUGCUAUUAACUCUACCUCUUUGAAAGUUUUGAACCUUUCAUCGAAUGCAUUAUCUGGUUCGUUACCCGCAGUUAUUGGCAGCUGCAAAAUAGUGGAUUUGAGUAUGAACCUGUUGUCUGGUGAUUUGUCUUGGAUGGAGAAUUGGGGAUCUACGAUAGAAGUUGUUGACUUGAGUUCAAAUAUGUUGUCAGGAAACAUACCAAAUAAUACUUUUCAGUUUCAAGGCUUGACUUCUUUGAAGAUGAGAAAUAACUCUUUGGUUGGAUCUCUUCCUUCCGUGUUAGAACUUGGCCAUCAGUUGUCUGUUGUUGACCUUAGUCUAAACAAGCUCACAGGGACUCUCUUUCCUAGCCUUUUGAUAUCAUUGUCCUUAACAUAUUUGAAUCUUUCAGCGAAUCAAUUUACGGGAAACCUACCAAUUCAAGCUCCUCAUUCAACUGAAUCACUAGCUGUACCAUCUCUUUUACCAAUGGAGUUUUUGGAUUUGUCUGAUAACUCUCUCUCUGGUUCAUUGCCUCCUGAAAUUGCUGAGUUGCAGAAGCUUAAAUAUCUUGACCUUGGAAAAAAUUCCUUUUCUGGGGAGAUUCCAGUUGAACUAGCCAGCCUUAAUGAUUUGGAAGUUCUUGACCUGUCUAUGAAUGACUUCAAGGGUAAGAUCCCGGAUUUUCCUCAAAUCAAUCUAAAGAAAUUCGAUGUUGCCUACAAUGAUCUUUCAGGUCUUGUUCCUGAACACCUGAGGAAGUUUGAUGAUGACUCAUUUCAUCCGGGAAAUGCUUUACUAGUCUUACCUGGUCGGCCAUCUUACCCAGAGACUGGGUCAGGGGUCAUUGGAGGUCACUCGGAACAUCGACAGAUGAAAUCUAGAAUUCUAGUUGCAAUUAUUGUUGGUUCCAUUGGAGCUGUUGUGUUGAUUUUCUUUAUCUUUAUGGCUGUUUAUAUGAUAGCGACUCAAGAGCUGUGUGGAAAAAAUGGGUUCAGAGAGUAUGCAUCAGGGAGAGAGGUAAAAUUGGCAAGAUUUUCUCCAUCUAAUAUUUUCAGGUUCCACAAAAGUGAUGCAGUGCAAAAUUCAGUGAGUUUUUCCAAUGAUCAAUUAUUGACUUCAGCAUCGAGGGCAUUGCCUGCACAGAAAGAAAUGGCAACUGGGACAGUUGAAAGAGGUUUCUCUAAUUCAAGAGAAAUUGGGUUUGAGCCUGUGCAGGAUGGAUGCUCUCCAACUGGUGGAUUGAAAGCAUCCCCCGGUUCUCCGUUGACAUCUUCACCACAUUCUAUUAGAAACAUAGACUUUGCUGACCAACCUGUAGUGUUAGACGUCUAUUCACCUGAUCGACUUGCUGGAGAAUUGUUUUUCUUGGAUAAUUCGUUGACAUUUACUGCAGAGGAUUUGUCUCGCGCCCCAGCAGAAGUACUUGGUAGAAGCAGCCAUGGAACUUCAUACAAAGCAACCAUGGAUACUGGCCACACAUUGACGGUUAAGUGGUUGAGAGUUGGUCUUGUAAGACGUAAAAAGGAGUUCUCCAAAGAGGUGAAAAAGAUUGGAUCUAUUCGACACCAGAACAUAGUUCCCUUGCGGAGCUAUUAUUGGGGACCAAGGGAACAGGAGCGUCUAAUUCUAUCAGAUUAUAUUAAUGGAGAUAGCUUGGCACUCCAUCUUCAUGGUAUGAACUUGAACUAUAUUUUUUUCAGGCGUCAUUUCAUGUAAUUUGUUGAGCAUCUUCAGUUAACUGUUUACAUGAUGGAAUUCGCGACAUUACAUUUUCCUCUUAUUUCUAGUUGCUAGAAAUUAUGCCGUUCUUUGAUUAUAGAUGCUGCAUUGUGGAACUGGUUCAGAGCAUUAUAUUGUCCUACUGAUGUUUCUGUUUGGUCAACUGCUUCUCACUUUCUCCACUCUCCUUAUGCAAGCCUUUGGAUCAUACGCUACACAGCUGUCUUCGUACAGUCGUUUCCUUUUUUAAGGAUUGUGUUGUUCUUAAGCUUUUCUCAGUCGACGGACACGGAUGAUAAGAUUUGAUAUGCAUUGCUCACCCCCUUUCCCUUCUCUCUCCUCCCACCUUGCUCACUAAACCUCCAAGAACCUUUCCGCUGUGUCUGGCACGUCCACUGGUAAGGCCAUUUUGCUCCACAAUACCGUUUUUCUCUAGCUCAGUUAUUCCUUGGAUACUGGGACAACGAAUUGAUUCUGCAGCUUGAUACCCAUCGCCUGAUGCCCACAGAUAUUUUGGACAUUUUUUGUUGGAUUAAUGUGGUCUGGUGUGUUGGCUCAGAAGUCACUGGUAGAGUCUUGCUGAGUGUGCCUUCCUCAUCUGCCUCAACCAUUGGUGAUAUUUAACUGGGGAUGGUAUUGGGACACAGAAUAUAGAAAAGCUAAAUUUUAUCUAAUAUAAGACCCUCUUAAUAAGUGCUCAUGUUGUUUCUUCUAGUAAGUGUAUUUUAUAUGCAUACCUUGUGAGCCAAUUGUUGUAUUACAUUUUCGAUGCCCUAAUCACCUCAAGACAGAUCACAAUGACUCGCACAUCCCUCCCCUUUCUUGCAUCACUGGUGAGUAGAACUGGUCUCGUAUUGGGUCACUCAGUUUAUAGGCAGUUCAAUCUUGGGAAGCCUCUGUCCAACUAUGGGAAAGUUGGCUUUGGCUGACUUAAAGUGUGUCAACGCAAAUUGGACCGCUGACGAACGAUUUUACUCAAGGUAUGCCAUCUGAUAACAGUCUUGGCAUUUUAAGUCACAGAGUGUGCAGGUUUGCCUGUCGUCUGUGGCCGCCAGAUGUGAAGAGGCAGUAGCUGCCAUGGUGAGAAAACCAAUGAAAGAGUGGGCCAACAGGAUGAGAAGUGUGGGUUAAUAAAAGCCUGAACCAAUUUGUUUCUUCAGAAGAGCCGUUCGAUGCAAGCCGUGAGAAUUGAGUUGAUGGCUGUUCUAUGCACCAUGUCAUGGAUAAGGCUUUUCUUCCUACAUAUCUCUACUUUUCUUCAUACUUUAUGAUCAUUUGAUCGUCCUCUACAUAAUCUGUAGGUGACAGAGUACAGGGCAUGAUUCAGAGAGCAAUGAAUCAGCUCAUGUCAAUCUUUUAUUCGUUCGAUAUAACUAGCUCUGCAUAAUCUACCUUGGUUUCGCUGAUGGAGGCCUAAUGGGCGCUCACUCCGCAGAAUCUACCCCAAGAAGGCAUUCCCCCCUGUCACUGACCCAGCGGCUCAAGAUCACCAUCGACAUUGCCCGGGGCCUGGUGCAUCUUCACCAUGACAGGGGCCUGCCCCAUGGCAACCUGAAGCCGGCCAACAUACUCUUAAAUGGACCUGAUCUCACUGCCCAGCUGACCGACUACUGCCUGCAUCGCCUCAUGACCCCCAACGGCAUCAGCGAGCAGAUGCUCAAUCUGGGAGCCCUCGGGUACGCCGCCCCUGAGCUAGCUGGCUCGAGCCGGCCGUUCCCGACGGUGAAGGCCGACGUUUACGCCUUCGGGGUGAUAAUGAUGGAGCUGCUGACCAGGAGGAGCGCCGGUGACAUAAUUUCCGGCCAGUCCGGCGCCGUCGAUCUCACCGACUGGGUGCGGAUGUGCGUGCGGGAGGGGCGGGGAGCAGAAUGCUUCGACAGGGACAUCGCCGUCCAUGAGGAGAACCUCCCCAAGGCAAUGGACGAGCUCUUGGCCGUGUCUCUCCGCUGUAUUCUGCCUGUAAAUGAGAGACCCAGCAUGAGAACGGUGUUCGAGGAUCUCUGUUCUAUAGUGAUUUGA